AUGCACAUCCCCAAGUUCUACACCGUUUUGAGCAUCGCUGCCUUGAGCCUUGUCAAGCUUGCAGGUGCCCAUGAUACAUCUCUAGCUUCUGUUAAAUACGCCUUUCAAGGCGCUCACAUACCCGAAGACUUGCGGUUAAUAUUCGAGCCAAAAAUUCAUCUGAAGGUCACAUAUUUCUUGGAUGAUAGAAGUACUUUCGAUGUUUAUCCUGGAGCCCCGCUUGCCCGCCAUGACACUGCUUAUCCUCCGAUGUACAACGUCUCCGGAUGUCAUGUUGGCGCCGGUCCAUUCGUGGUCACCAUGAUAGAUCCUGGGCCCCAGCUGAACCCAAAUAUCACCCAAGUUCGCCACUUCCUGGGAGGGGACUACUACUACAACGAACUCAAUGGAGUGUUCUACAACAGAACUCCAGCUGUCACCGAGUAUAAGCAGCCCUCGCCUCCCCGUAAUUCGGACCCUCAUCGACUAUACUUCGACAUCGCCAAGUUCGCAUAUGAAACCGAGCUUGGAGAUCCCAUUGCUGGAAACUUUGUCCUGGUGGGUCCCGAGGUCCAGGCUGCUGUGUAA